AUGCCACAACGAAGAACUUUACGGGAAGGGAACAUGGCGUAUCGGCAGAUGACACCUGGAAAGUAUCAAAAUCUGAUACGGCCGUCGAAGGUGGCUACAGAGAUGAUCGAAACCUGGCAGCGGUAUUCGAAGCCAAUGCAACUAGCGUUUCUGGAUUUUGAAGCUACGUUCGACUCUCCUCACCGAGGCCGUCUUCUCAACGCGCUCCGCACCGAUGGAGUACCAGGAAAGUUUGUUCGCUUGUUUGAUGACAUAAAUCAGCGAAAAACUGCUGCAGUUCGGACACCAGCCGGAUGUACAACACCAUUUGAAGUGGUAACUGGAGUAAGACAAGGGGCAGUGGCAGGAGCCUUCCUGUCCAAUUUCGCCAUCUACGACAUUAUGCAAAGAACAGUAGAUCAUUGUCCUGCCGAUAUAAUUCUAACAGCAUUAGGUGCACCUCUUGACCGAUCUCGAGUAGGCUGA